UGCCCGUAACACUGGAAAACAAACACCUUGCCCUGGUGUUGUAGAUGAAAUAGGAGCUCCAGAUUAAGAUAAUCCAUGCUUCUCAAUAAAAUAGGGCGCUUUUUUGGCAAGAAAAGAGUACAUGUGGUCUGAAUGGACGUAAACAAGACACGAGAGCCCUUUUCUCCAUGUAAAGCCACUUCCCCACAAGGUGUGUUCAGGCGAUGACAGAAGGGCUAUAAAGGAAGCCCCAAGAUGCUCCUACCUACAUUUUGACCUAGACAUGGCCAUAAUGAGUCUGCUGCAAUGCAUGGGUGCUAGCUCGCUGCUCUAUUUGGCAGCAGGGCUGGUCACUCUCCUUUACUUUCUGACCAGCUUGAAGAAGACGGUUUGCAACUUGCCUCCUGGGCCGCGACCUCUUCCUCUGAUUGGAAACUUGAACGUGGUGGACCUGAAAAAGCCGUUCCAGUCGCUGACAGAGCUCUCCAAGACAUAUGGCAAUGUCUUCACUGUGCAUUUUGGACCCAGGAAAGCUGUGGUACUGGCUGGAUAUGAAACCAUCAAGGAUGCCCUUUUAACUCAUGCUGACGAAUUUGGAGAGAGAGCUGAAAUACCCAUAUUUAGGAAAAUGACACAAGGAAAUGGCAUAGCAUUCAGCCAUGGAGAGCUGUGGAAAGUUAUGAGAAGAUUCACCUUGUCCACACUGAGAGAUUUUGGGAUGGGAAGGAGAACAAUUGAGGUCCGAAUCCUUGAGGAACUAAAUUCUCUUGUUAAAUAUUUUGAAUCAUAUCAAGGGAAACCAUUUGACACGAAGAUGAUACUCAACAACGCUGUAUCCAACGUCAUCUGCUCUAUAUUGUUUGGAGAGAGGUUUGAGUACGAUGAUCCUGCAUUUCUAACUUUGCUGAAGCUGUUAAAUGAGAAUACCAAGCUGUUGGGCUCCCCGAUGGUGCUGUUAUAUAAUUUCUACCCAUCCCUUGGAUUUCUCUUUGGAGCUUCCAAGACUGUGCUACAAAAUAUCAAUGAGCUGAACGCUUUCCUCCAGAAGCUCUUCCAAGAGCACAAAGAAGAGUUUAAUGAGAAUAACUUAACAGGUUUUGUCGAUGCCUUUCUGAUGAAGCAACAACAGGAGUCAAAGAAACCCCACACUAUGUUCCACAAUGAAAGCUUGUUGUUUUCAACCCUGGACCUGUUUGCUGCUGGGACUGAGACCACUUCUACAACUGUGCGCUGGGGUCUUCUUCUGAUGAUGAAAUACCCAGAAAUUCAGAGAAAGAUUCAAGAAGAAAUGAACCACGUCAUUGAACCUGGAGAGAUGCCUAAGUUGGAGGACAGGAAAAAAAUGCCUUACACGGAUGCAGUGAUACAUGAAAUACAAAGAUUUGCCAAUAUUGUCCCAAUGGGUGUAUCACGAGCAACACCAACCGAUGUGAAUUUCCGAGGUUAUGUGAUUCCUAAGGGUACAGAGGUUAUUCCGCUGCUGACCUCCGCUCUGAACGAUGAGCUGCACUGGAAAACCCCGGAUCAGUUCAACCCUUCCCACUUCCUGGAUGCUGAUGGGAACUUCAUUAAGAGAGAGGCAUUUAUUCCAUUCUCCAUAGGACGAAGGGCUUGUGUUGGAGAAGGACUGGCCAAAAUGGAGCUGUUCCUCUUCUUCGCAGGCUUGCUCCGCAAAUUUGUCUUCCAAGCCCCUCCAGGAGUGGACAAGUCAGAUCUAGAUCUCACUGCUGAUGUCGGCUUCACCCUGAAUCCCAUGCCUCACCUGGUUUGUGCUGUGCCCUGUGAACGAUCAAACGACAGGGAGUUAGUGUAGUGAACACUUCGAGCUUGAAAGCAAGUCUAGUUACAGGGGAAAAAAGCUGUCUGUACGUGAAUUUUAGGGAAAGGGCACUGGGCACUGCUAUUGUCUCUCCUUCAUAUGAUUCCUUACAAAAGCUUUUGUGGUGUCUGCAUAAUGCAAACCCUUCAGACACCCCUGAGAACUGCUCUCAGAAACAGCAUGAUCCAUUCCUGGAACAGCACAUCAGACAUGCAGUUUUCAGGGCUGUUUGGAAGAAUGAAAUGGUUUUGAGCAUCCUCUGUAGAUGUAACCCAUCAGAGGCUCUUGGCUGAGAGCCUCCGCGGGGAAUUUCUCAGCCCGAAGUCCAUGCUAUACAGCAGAGCUGAUUAUCAAUGGCCCAGCUGGAGACAACAGACACUUAAUGGAUCUGGAAAUCUCCCCGGGAUGGUUAUUGAGAUUGGACUCAGACUGAGCUUCCAUUGUGCAACGCAGCCUGCCUUAUCUUUAUCACAGCGUCCCAGACACUUGGGUGUAACAUGGGCUGAUGCCAAGGGCCAGGCAUGGGACGGUUAUCAGGAAACACCUAAGUGGUUUGGGAAGUGGGCUCAUUCCACAUCACACUAGGUGCUUUAUACUGGAGAGCCUGUUUAUGACGGGGCCGAUCUAUCAGCUUUCUGUUUCUGCUAAGAAUGGCAUUUCUACCACUCCCUUGCCUCGUGCUGGCUCUGACACAUGCCUGACCCCUUGCUGGGCCAGCUCAGACACCUAAAUUGGCAGAAAACAAGCAGCCACGGAAAGUGAAGCGUUUCUCAACCAGCACACCUAAAGCCAGACACAAGCCUGAGGCAGGGCGAGGGCUGUGCAGGGGCAGACAGGGAGCAGGACAGCCAUGCUCCCAUCAGAGGGCUGUCAGAGAGCCUCAGCACUCCUCACCUGCACCUCAGGAGCUGUAGCUCCUCUCUGCAUCCACAGAGAGAGAGAGGCUCCUUCAGCGGGUGGUUCAGCUGCCAUGAGGUCUGAAUCACUCCCUCUCCUCUCCUCUGACUGCAAGGUGAAGCAUCAUGCCCUGGCUCCUGAUUCAAACCUUGCAGUCUGAUGCAUUGGGUGUGGUGGGAUGGAUAGGGGCAAGACUGUUUUCCACCUGACUGAAAAUGGGGCUUAAAAUUUAUUGAAAAAGUUACCCUCUGUCUUCAGCUCUUGACAAAACACACAUCCCCUGGCAUUUCAAGCUUUCUCUCCAGACAUUCCUUGUGCCAGGGAUAGGCACAAAAAACCACUGCCAUGGGCUGCCAUGGAAGUUACCCGUGCUCAAUACUCAGCAAGAUCAGGGCCAUCACAACAUGAACUGCAAGCAAAACUUUAGUGCUUGCAGAAAGUGCUAGGUAGGAACCAAUGUCACAAAGAGCUGGUAAGGCUCAUGCUCUGCCAGCAGAGAUCCUGCACCACUGACAAAGGUAAUAGCAUUUUGUAUGUAGUCACUGAAAAAUUAUGUUGAAAAACUGGUAAUAUUGUAAAACUGGAAGAAGAAGCAGGUUAGACCUCAUUACCCAUUCUCUCAUCUGUUCCAUGAACUUGUUGCAUGGGGUCUCCAGAAAGUUGGUGACAUCCCAGGGGCUGCAGCCUUCCCAGAGCAGCUGCUUGAUGAGCACAGUUAAUGAUUUAUCUCAUGCAGCAGCCAUUAUGUGUAGGAACAACAAGUUGUACCUGCAGGGAGGGAAGGUGUGAAAUCUGAGUGAUGGUGCUGGUCAGAGAGGAGCUUCAUUUGUAGAACAGAGGCAGGAAACCAGAUGUGGGCUAGGGAGCGGUGAGUCACUGGCCAUGCUUUUGUGUUGCUCUGGAAGCAGGAAAGGCAAAUUAGGAUGAAAAGAGAAAAGGGAGAACCUGACAGUUACACAGACCAAGGGGGUGGUUGUGGCAAGUCUGUAACAGAACAGCACUGUCAUCUAAACCUGAGCCGUGCUGCAAAUGGAAGAAAGGAGGAACAGACUAUGAAGGGAUGACAAAGCAGGUGCUCUUUGUUCAGCCAAGACACAGAUUCUUCCCAGUAGCUUUAGUUCACAGCUAAAGACAGCACUCUGAUAGUUAUACUGUGCCUUGUGCCUUGUACCAGUACUGCACUGGUACCUGCACUGUAUUGCACUGCUGUUGCACUCGCAUUGUACCUUGGAGCCAGCUCCAGCUUGCAGAUACAUCUCGAGGAGUCUGCUUAACAAGCUCUGUAACACGAAAGCCUUUGCUGCUCUGCUUGCUUACAUUCAUUUUGCUCUUGCUUUAUUUGCAGUCGAACUACUGCAAGCUUGACCUUAGCUCCUACUUAACAAAUAAAUAUUUUGUUCUGUUGCUGUUGAUUUA